AUGGCAUCUUCCAAGUUGAUCAUCGCCCUUGCAUUGAUUGCUGCCGUUGCUAUUGUCUUGCCGAGUUCGGCUGAAGCCCAAAGGGGUCGUCGCGGCCGUGGACCAGCCGCUCAAGGUGGACAAGGCGCUCAAGACAACUGUGCGGCACAGCGUAAGUGUUCCACAACUGAGGAAACCGUUUAUGCUGUGGACAAGCGUCAAUGCUAUUUGUUCCGAAAUCCGUGCCUAUUCAGUUUGGAGCAGUGUCGCCGAAAGGAUAAUAAACAAAAUGAAUUAAAGGUGGUUUCCAAGCAGGAAUGUAUGAAGAAAUGCCGUGAUAUUUGUAGUGAAGAAUACAGGCCUGUUUGUGCCGAGUAUAAUGGUGCAUUGAAAACAUUUUCAAAUAAAUGUGAUUUCCAACGAUAUAGCUGUAAAAAUAAUAAGUCCUAUAUGUUUGUGGACAAUGGGGCCUGUAAAGUCUAA